AUGACGGAUUGUGUAAAAUAUCUUGGAAUUGGGAAAAAUUUAGAUAAUCCAUUUUUUAAUCUCUCACCCUUUGAUGAAUCAAGAUAUUAUCCGAUCAAAAUCUUCAGCCCGACACCAGAAGCGGUGUAUUCUUACCUCCUCGGUGAUAAUCAACCAAAUAGCAGAGUUUCAUCACGAUUACAGAAAGAUUGCGGUCGUGCACGCGAUGGCUCAUAUAAUAUUGUGCUACCUUGGUAUAUCUCAAAGGCUAUUCUUGAAGAUGCACAGAAUCAGCAAGAAACUCGACAGGCCGUGAAGCAGUGGCUAUUGAAGCUCGAGGACGUAGCUUAUGCAUCUGAGGACUUGCUGGAUGAGAUUUCAGAUGAAAUAUUUAAAUGUGAACGUCGAGGCAGUCGAGGCAAAGACGUAAGUGAUUUCUUUCUACCGUUUAAGCCUUCUGAUCAUCUUUUCCAUAUUGCUUCUAAGCUUCAAAAUAAGCUGAAAGAUUUGAAUGAGAUUGCAAAACAGGGUUUUACCUAUAAUUUACGUGUAGAAAAAGGUUCAACCAGUUUAGUCCGAAGUAAAGAAACAUGGUCGUCCGUGGUUGAGUCUAAAAUAUAUGGAAGGGAGGAUGAUAAAAAAAAUCUACUCAAGCUUUUGUUACCUGGCAACGAAGGUAAAACAAUAGAGUAUAUGUCAGUCGUUUCAAUUGUUGGCAUUGGAGGGCUUGGGAAAACAACUCUAGCUCAGUUAGUUUACAAUGAUAAGACUGUAAAUGACCACUUUGAUUUGAAAAUGUGGAUCUAUGUUUCGGAAAGUUUUGACAUCAAAAAGCUCAUGAUGAGUAUCGUGGAAUCUGCGACCAAAGGGAGUUGUCGACUCUGUAGUAUGGAUCUUCUUCAAUCUCAACUUCAGGACUCGAUAUGUGGGAAGAGAUUUUUGCUAGUUUUGGAUGAUGUGUGGAAUGAAGACAAAGACGAGUGGGAGAGAUUUAUCGAUUUGCUGAGAAGUGGUGCAGAAGGAAGUAGAGUCGUGGUCACUACACGGAGUAUGAAAGUUGCAUAUUUCACGGGCUCCACGGUGUAUGAACUUAAAGUAUUAUCUGAUGAUGCUUGUUGGGUUUUGUUCAGGAAACAAGCUUUUGGCGAGGAUCGAGAGGAUGAAAGUACUAAUCUUAUGAAAAUUGGGAAAGAAAUCAUCAAGAAGUGUGGAGGUGUCCCUUUGGCAGCAAAAACGUUAGGGAGCCUAUUGCGCUUGAAGAAAGAGGAUUAUUGGAUGUCCGUGCAAGAUAGUGAACUCUGGAAUCUCAAAGGAUGCCAGGGUGCCAUCUUACCAGCCUUAAGGCUGAGCUACGUCUAUUUGCCACCACAUCUGAAGCGCUGUUUUGCAUUUUGUUCAUUAUUCCCUAAAAAUCAUGAAAUCAAUAAAGAAAAAAUGAUCUACAUAUGGAUGGCAGAAGGCUUGAUUCUACCAGAUGGGGAAAAUAGACAGCUAGAAAGCAUAGGCGAUGAGUAUUUCGAUGAUUUGUUGCAUCUGUCUUUCUUCCAAGAAGUUGAGAAAUGCAAAAAUGUCAGCCAUGCAGUAUACAAAAUGCACGAUCUUAUUCAUGAUCUUGCAAGAACUAUUGGAGGGAAUGUGUUCGCAAUAUUUGGACAUGGUUUAGCACCAAGCGACCUGGCACGGAUUCGUCACUCGUCCGUCAUUUGUAACUUCGAUCCAUCUUCCUUUCCAAGAGACUUGUUUGAAGCCAAACAUCUGCGAACUCUCCUUUUUUUGUUUCCCGGAGGUAGCUCUGGUGACAUUCCUUAUUUUCUAAUCAUGAAAUUCAUAUACCUGCGCAUCUUGGAUUUAAAUGGAUCUGGAAUUAAAACAUUGCACGAAUCAGUUAGUGCUUUAUUAUGUUUAAGAUUCCUGGACUUGUCAAGCACUUCAAUCCAAACGCUCCCCACUACCAUUAGUGACCUCAGUAAUUUGCAGACUUUGAAUCUAUCAGGAUGUUGUUACCUUGUUGAGUUGCCUUUUGGGAUGGCUAAUGUAACUAGCCUAAGACACCUGAAUAUAAUGGGCUGUGAAGGGUUGACUCAAAUGCCUGCUGGAAUUGGAAAUUUGAUUCACCUUCAAACUUUGCCAAUAUAUAUUGUGGGGAAAAGGACUUGGGAAAGCAUUGCAGAACUUCAUUCUCUAAACCUUAGAGGUGAACUGCAUAUAAAACGCAUGGAAAAUAUCAGAGACGCAAAAGAAGCAAGAGAGGCAAAUAUGAGAGAAAAGAAACAUCUUCACACAUUGAGACUCCAGUGGGGAAUUAGCAAGAAAAGUAAGGACUUGUCGCCUACCAAAGUGACUUCUUCUGACAGUUCGUCAAGUUCCCUACCUGAGGAAAGCAGCAAAGAUGUGGAAGACAUUCUUGAGUGCCUUGAGCCACAUGCCAAUCUGAAAAAUCUCCAUAUAAAAGGUUAUCCAGGUAUAGCUAUCCCCCCCUGGGAUCUUCCAAAUUUAGUUACGAUUGAGUUGAUUAACUGCAGAAAUUGUGUAUACUUGCCUAAGAUCGGGCAACUUCCGUUCCUCGAAAGAAUUUCUCUGCAAGGAAUGGAUGGUAUCACAAGCAUCGAUGAGGGAUUUUACGGCGGAGUCUUCCCAGAACCAUUUCCAUGUGUUAAAUUCUUUACAAUCAAAGAUUUCCCAAACCUAGAAGAUUGGUCCAGCAUUGAUGGAGGUUUACCAUUUCCUCGCCUGGAAAAGUUAAUUUUGGACAAAUGUCCCAACCUGACUAAUGCUCCCGCUCCUGCCUUUCCUUCUAUCCGGCAUUUAGAACUGCAUUUUUGCAAUGCAAAGAUCAUGGAAUCCUUGGAGAAUAUAACCUCACUUUCCAGUCUGGUAGUCGACAUGCUCCCCAACUUGAAUCAUAUUUCAGGUUCACUCCUUGGAAAUAACAAGUAUCUGGAGUCUUUGGAAAUUCGAGCGUGCCAAAAUCUUCAUUUGCUCACUUCAAAGCUAGAGAAUCUGAUUUAUCUGAGAUCCCUGAUUAUUAGCUGCUGUGAGAAACUAUCAGAUUUGCCACCUGGACUGAAAAAGCUUGAAAGACUUGAGCUUCUGGAGAUCAACUGCUGUCACAGUCUGAUCUUGCUUCCACACGAAGAAAUUGAAGGUUUAGGAUCCCUUAAAACCUUUUCCAUUGAAAAUUGCAGCAAUCUGAUUUCUUUGUCAAGUGGCUUCCAUCAUCUCUCUUCCCUCGAGCAACUGUCGAUAAUGAGUUGCCCAAAGUUAACUUCAUUACCAGAUGGUUUUGAGAAUCUCUCCACUCUUCGUAGUUUAAACAUCGUAUCCUGUCCCGAGUUGUCUUAUUUGCCAUCGAGUCUACAACACGCCACAACCCUGCAAAGUCUGGUACUUCACAGCUGUCCUGGAUUGAUAACUUUGCCCGAAUGGUUUAAAGAACUUUCUUCUCUCAGAUCGUUGGCAAUUUCGAAUUGCAAUUAUCUGAUAUCAUUACCAGAAGCGAUACAGUCCCUCACUACACUUCAGCACUUAUCAAUCCAAGAUUGUCCUCAACUUGAACGGCUUUGCAAGAAGAUGAAAGGCAAAGAGUGGCAGAAAAUAAAGCACGUCCCUCAUAUGUACAUUGGAUCGCUUAAAUUUUGUAAAGGAAUUCUUUGCUUGGAUGAUUGAAUCAGAAACUUCAGGCAUUGGUUAUCUCUAGAGAGGUAACUUCCUUUUUUUCCUUGUACUCGCCUGUGAUACGAUUUCAUCAGAACUCAUGAUUGCUUUGAAAUUUUACAGAGUUA